GAUCUGCCGAGAGGUAAACAAAAAGGGACAAGAUUAGCAUUAGCAUCCCCGGACGCCGUUUUUGACAGCACUUUAAAAAUGGCUACCACCACAUCGACGGCGUACAGACAGACGAGCCAACGAAGUAAGCCGAGCAUGAGGGCCUCUGCUCGGUUAUCGGCUUGUCCAAGGCGUCGGUGUGCUGCCGGGGCUCCCUCCCAAAGAUGGACCAGGCAGGAACGGCGAGUCGUGGCACAGAAGGAGAGGGACACACGCACCAAGCAGACGGCGUGAUGUCAACACGCAGGAGCUGCGUUCUGUGGGCCCUGUCUCCCUCUUUUGGUCAUGUGGUGGUACAGCAGCAUCGCCUCCUAGGGUCACAGGUUUGGAAUGAGAAAGUCGCACAUGCUCAUUUCACUUUAAUAGUGAUGAACAUUUGACUACACUUGAACAUUUCUCAGUCAACAUGAUAUUUUUUUUGUUAAUUUUAUCUUAUUUAUUAUUAUAUAAAAAUAUGUUUUAGUAUUGUUAUUGUUCAUGUAUCAUAUAAUACUAGUCCAGUGGUUGUCAAACUUUUUUUCCACCAAAUACCACCUCAGAAAAAACUCGGCUCUCGAAGUACAACCAUAAUGAUCAACAUUGAAAUAUAGUAGCAUAGUAGGCCUAAGUAUUGAUUAAAAAGAAAGCAGAGAUUUUAUUUAAAAAAUAGAUAUUUUGGCAACUGUAUCAUUAUACACCAUUUGAACACUAACUGUCUUUAAAUAUAGGAAAAACAACACUGACAAAUGAUUCUUUGGCGCACCCCUAGAUAGAGCCCGUGUUACACUACCCCAGUUUGAGAAUUACUGCCUACUUUUAGACACUAUGAUUUGCCUGAGCGGCUAGGAGACACCGAGAGCAACAAGUGGUAGAAAAUGGAUUAGAAAUGAUAGAUUGAAAAAAAAAAUAAAAGAAAAAAAAGAAAAAUAUAUAAAUAAAUAAAUAAAUACAAAUAAAAAUUUACUUGGGACUUCCCGUGGGCCGGAUUUUGGAUGCUGGGGGGCCGGAUCCGGCCCGCGGGCCGUAGUUUGGGGACCCCUGGUUAACACAAUGCCUAAAAGGCACUCUUAUGACAGUAAAACUAUCCAACACGUCUGUAUAUUGUCAUUGAAUUCAUUACAAAGCUAUAACAACCAUGCUCUUUUUUUUACAGCACUGUCUACACAUGUAUAAAAUCACAGCAAAUUACUGGAUAAUAAUUGCAUUACUUUCACAGUAAUGGGCCAACAUAACAUUUACAGCAAUUUAUUGUGAAAUAUCUUUAAAAUUGUUUACUGUAAGUGCAGAGCUGUGAUUCUGUGGUUAAUUACAAUGAAGUUACAACUACUUCACAAUUGUGAUUUUUACUUGAUUAUAAUACAAUUACUAUAUCAGACUCACAAUCAUCUUUUUUAGCCAAGUUGCUGUAACUUUACAAAUGUGUUCAUUGCACAAUUGCAUUGAUUGUUAAUUACUCCUUCUGUUUAACAGCGUACUGCACUUACUGUACAAAGAGAGUGCAACGUAGUCUACAGAACCCCUUAAGAGACGAAUGCAGUGUGAAUUUACUUUAAUUUGUAGGACUAUGAUUUCAGUAUCUUACUGUGAAAUAACAGUUAAUUGCUGAAAAAUAUAAUGAUAUCGUAAUUUUUACAGCCAUUUGUUGUAAUUUUACUGUAAAUUUUAAUCACAGUCUUUCAUUUGAAAAAAUCCUGUGAAAUCCUGGUUACUCUUUUCAGUGUGUUUUUUUUAAUCUAAAGCAGCAUGUACCAAGAAGAUGUCAAACGUGCUGCAGCCAGCAGAUGUCACUGUUGGUAAAUCUUGACAGUACCGCAUUUGGCAUAACCAGUAUUUCCACUUACAACCAUAUACUCCUUGUUUUAAAGUACUUAAUGUGCAUUAAAAUACAUUUACGUGUUUACGCGAAACUUCUUGUUUAAAGCACGUUGACGCUGCAACUAUAAAAGUAACUUUCUCAAACAAUAGCAGCAGACUUGGUAUACAAUGAGAGAGAUGUGUAUAACCUGUGGUCCAUGCACACCUCCCACCCUCCACCCUCCCCACUCUCCUCCUUUUGGCAAUCUGCUCUAUUUUCUGUCGGUCUGUAUGUCAGGGGGGUGGGAGGGAGCCGCGGUGGAAGGCGGCGAGCAGGACCACACAAUUUUUAAUACUCGGAAUCAAACCUGCGCUCUCUUUCCCCCCCAUGCCCAUGCCUGUCGGAUGAGCAGAACUCCUGGGCCACUGCAGCAUUUUUGGCGUCUUUUCUCGCUUCAGCUUCCGACGCUCUCACACCCCCCUCGCCCCCCACCUCCUUACUGCAAUAUUUGGGCAAAGAUAAGAGAGUCAAGGCAACCAUGGCAGCAUAGGAGGGGGCAUCCUCAGCCAAUUCCUCGCUCCUCCUAUAUAUCUACGAUGCCUUAUUCAUCGCAUUAGAUUGGCGAGCCAGUAGCAUCCUUCUAUGUCGCAACGCCGCACGCCAACCCGUCGGAAUUAAGCGGGAAUCGAGCAGCGGAUCCCGAUGGCAUGGACACUUAUGCGAGGUCCGCCGCGCCGCCGAGCCACUGGAGCCACCUCGCCGCCUCCUCACCCCGCAGCCCAGCACCGUCGCCAUCGCCCCGCCGCCCCGCCGCACCGCCAGCAGCCGCCAGCGAGCCACAGCAAGCGGCAUGAGGCUUGAGUCGCUCGCACCUCUAUCCAUGCUGCUCAUCGGGGUCUCAAUCGCCUGCUACCCCCCGUCUUCGGAUUCCCCGCAGGACCGGGCGUACAGGUCGGCCGUAGUGAUCGAGGGCAAGGUGCAGUCCACGCCGGGAGGGAACGCCUCCGCCGAGCCGCCGCCGCAGCAACAGCAGCAACGUGUGCACAUCAAGGUGCUGGACGUGUGGCCCCUGCACAGCGGGGGGCUGGAGCCCGAGCAGCUCGUCACCGUGCUGGGGCAGUUCGGGGCGAAGGCUCCGUGCGCCGACGUGCAGAAGAACCGCAAGUACAUCUUUUUCAUGGAGCCCACCGAGGCGCCGCUGGUCUUCAAGGCUUCAUUCGCGCCCCUGGACACUAGCAGGAAGAACCUGAAGAAGGACGUGGGGGGAAUCCUGUGUGAGGGCUGCGCUUCGGCUCCAAAGUUAAAACCAAUGAAGAAUCCAUCAAUAGUGGACGAGGGAAGCAAGCUCACAGUCAAGUGUGAGGCCACGGGGAACCCUCUCCCCACCUACCGCUGGUUCAAAGACGGCAUCGAGCUCAAAGGCAAGAAAAUUAGGAUAAAGAACAGCCAGAAAAACUCCAGACUGCAGAUCAACAGAGCGAAACUGGGAGAUUCUGGGAAUUACACAUGUGUGGUGGAAAACCUGCUGGGAAAGGACAACUCCACUGGCACUAUAAACGUCCAAAGCAGCUCAGGCCAUGCCAGAAGAUGCAAUGAAACACAGAAGACCUUCUGUGUGAAUGGUGGCGACUGUUUCUUCAUACGUGGUAUAAACCGGCUUUCCUGCAAGUGUCCAAAUGACUUUACUGGUGAUCGCUGUCAAACCUACGUUAUGGCACGUUUCUACCAUCACCUUGGAAUUGAAUUUAUGGAGGCAGAAGAACUCUACCAGAAGAGAGUCCUGACAAUCACGGGUAUUUGUGUGGCUUUGUUGUUGGUGGGCAUCGUGUGCGUGGUGGCCUACUGUAAAACCAAGAAACAAAGAAAUAGGAUGCACAAUCAUCUGCGACAGAACAUGUGUCCAGAGCACCCCAAUCGGAACUUAGCUAACGGACCCAAUCACCCAGGACCUGGACCAGAGGAAAUCCCCAUGGUAGAUGUGAGUUGGAAAAAUUACAUAUCAAAGAACGUGCCAGCAACUGAACGAGUCAUACGGCCUGCGACAGAAGGAUCCUUCCCAGCCAGUCACACAUCUUCCAGAUCUCACAAUUCUUCCACACGAGCCCAUUCAUCAACUCACAGACCUGAGGAGCGGACGUGGAGCCUGGAACAUUCGGACAGCGUCCUCUCUGACUCGCCGGGGAUGAUGUCAUCGUCAGUGGGGACCAGUAAAUGCAGCAGCCCCAUGUGCAUGGAGGCGCGGGCACGGCGAGCCGCUCACUGUGCUUACAAUGACUCCCAUCGGCCGCCGCUCCAGUAUGGCGACUCCUUCGACUCCCUGGGAGACUCUCCACACAGCGACAGAUACGUGUCAGCCCUGACGACACCAGCCCGCCUCUCGCCAGUGGAUUUCCGCUACUCCUUGCCCCCGCAGGUGCCUACCUUCCAGAUCACCUCGCCCAACGCCAGCCACGCCAUGUCCCUCCCUCCCGCUGUCCACAACCCGUACCCCCUGGAAGACGACCAGCCUCUGCUGCGCCGCUACCAAGUGCCCCUCCACGACGCCCAGUGCCAGGAGGCCUACCGGCAGCAGCGGCGCACCUAUCUCAACGACAGCAGGGGCAGCCUGCCCUCCAGCCCGUACCGGCUGGCGGACGACGAAGACUAUGAGACCACCCAGGAGUAUCUCUCCUCCAGGGAGCAACCAAAGAAAAGCGGGUCCAGCGCAACCAAUAGCCGGCGCUGGAGAAGGUCCAGACUGAACGGCCACGUGGCCCCCCGCGGAUACGAGGCCUCCCGGGAAUACGGCUCCCGUAGCUGCCUAACAGGAAGCGAGUCGGAGGAGGACGGCGAGAGCACGCCCUUCCUCAGUAUGCAGAACAUGAACGCUGAGCCCUCCACCAUCUACAGACCGGUGGACAGUCGGACUCCUCACUCGUCGGGGCGGCACAGUGGGCAUGGCAAAAUGCAAACGAGACUCACACACACCCGCUCCAAACCGGACGCUACACCCCAUUAGAGAGUGACCACGAACCCCGGGGAAAAGAAAUCAACAUAGUAUAGACCUGCAUCUAUAAGAAAUAUUUUUAUUUUAUAUAACUGACAGAUAUUCUAAACAAAUGAAAUAUUUAUUUUCAUUUUAGCAAAAGUUGUCUACUAGUUAACAGCAAAGACUUUUUUAUAGGGAAAACUCUAUUUAUAUGUACAUUUUGAUUUACAGCAUACAACGAUGUGCCAGUUUUUUCACACACAAAAAAAAAAUAGAGUAAUAUUGUGGUGCCUUUUGCUGUUUGCCGAUGCCAGAGGGCCAGUGGAGGUUUUUGUAGCCUUUCUUAUACGGACGCCUCAUUUUAUUUUUAUUUUUUUAUUUUUUUUAUACACAUUGAUUUUGUUUGUCUCCUCUCUGGUUGAUUUUUUUUUCCUUUCUGUCCAAGUUGCCCUCUUCCAUUAUCAUGCAAUAUAAACCACUGUCAUCACAAAGUGUAUGUUUACAUCAGUCUAACUCACCCAUAGGGUUUAGCACUUGGGAUCCAAUAGAACGCCUGAUUCAUUAAUACAAUGUAGAUCCGUUUUGUUUUGCCGUCUGGUUCGUUUGUGUGUGUGUGUGUGUGUGUGUGUGUGUGUGUGUGUGUGUGUGUGUGUGUGUGUGUGUGUGUGUGUGUGUGUGUGUGUGUGUGUGUGUGUGUUCGUGUGUGCGCGCAAUGCAUGUGCGGACAUCCACAGAUCCAGUGCUUUAUCAGAACCCCCUCUCCCGCCCACUGACCUCCCUCCAAGUAGACGCAGGUGAAGCUGCGGUAGGUUGUGUUACGUUAUGCAGGUCAUUGCUUGAUGUGUUUACAGCUAUUCUCCCUGCCCCCAUAAAGCCCCCCCCCCCCCUCUCUGCUCCACCUCCUUGCCUUCCCUGCAGGCUUCCCUCAUGUUAGCCUUUUAUGAGGCCUACAAACACCGAGCCACUUGGCACGGGCUGACCCUUGCCAUCGGAGGUGGUGGGCGAAACAAAACCACUGCAUCUGUUUCCACUCAGCUCCCCCAUACCUCGUCAUCCUUCUGUGUCCUUUCAGCUUUUUUGUGGUCUCUGUAAAAAGGCCACACAGUGUCUCAGGAUUUCCACCCCUCAUGUCCUUCCCUGAACAUAUACCACCGACACGAGGAAUAGCUGUGAAAGGGAUCAUACAAUGCAAAAAUAUGCAAUCUUUCUAUUUUGUUGUUUGAGGACAUCCUUUUUCUAAUAGGUGACUGUUGUGUGUGCCUGUAGUGUAGAACGAUGCAUAUUUACACCACCUAUUUUACUUCUUUAAAAAAAAGCCAUCUAUCAAAUUGUAUCGUGCACAUGAUUGUUUUUAUCAUAUGAGCGCUUUCACUUUUGCGUGCACUCUUCCAGUAAACGUCAAGUAGCAUCCAAAUAGCGUCUCCUCCGAUAGUACUGUGUACCUGCCGCUUUGUCUUAUUGACAGGUUUAGUCAAAUCCAGUCUGACACAAGGAAUCCAAACCAUUAAGGCGCCCCCAAGAUCGGUUUCGUUACUGUAAUAGACCAUUUGUUCUGCGCAGUGUGGUCUUUCAGGACCGGCUCCUGGUAAAAACACUAUGCGGUGGUUUGGGGCCACACAUGAUCAGAAAGGUUCUCAAGUCCAUUUAGAUGCACAUUGUUUGUAUUGUCAUUAUUUAGAGCCUUGCAGCAACUUAUAAAAUCAAACCGUAUGUUAAAGGGGGAAGAAACUAAAUCUUGUUUAGGGUCACACAAAGUCUGGUUAUACAGUAGGGAAGGGAAUCCAUGAGGCCCCAUUCGUCACAGUUUACCUGACACAUGAAACGUGAAAAAUUGGAGCCACACUGCAGUAGAGUGUUGGAUAUCUUAAAAUGUGUUUUGUGGCAAUUCUAACUUUGACCACAGCGUCAGUUGCUCUGUAGAGUGAUGCUUUUCAUCAUUUUCAGCAAACUGCAUUGCAAAAUAAUGAACCCCCCCUCUUUCGCUCACGCAAGAUCCACCCAGGACUGGGGCCAUAUGAAUCCCUUCCCUACUGUUAUAGAGAAUGUUUUUGGUCACUUGCAGAUAACUUCCUCACCCUUCCCAAAAAUAAGCAAUUUUAGGUCCUACCAAGCACUCCCUGCAAGUCUCCUCUCUUUUAAUCCUAAAAUCCUCCUGACCUCCUUGACCUCCCUUGGCUUGAACCUCCUCUCCUCUGCAUGUACUUGUGGUCAAGGUUAGAUGGGUGCAUGGUUUGAAAAAACAAAAAAAAGGAAGAAAAAAAAGAGAAAAGCAGCAGACUAUUCUUUUCCAGUCAUGGGAAGUGCAUUUCAUUUAACAUUCAGCAAUAAAUAAACAAAAAAGACCCUUUUCCCUCCCCCUUGCUUCCAUGUCAUUCUUGGAAUAUACUAGAAAUAAAAGAAACAAUGCCAGAUUGUCAUAGAUUGUAAAAUAAAAUGAAAACUGAUUCCACCUGUUCAU